UCCCUGCAACUCCAUCUCUUUCUCGUCCUCUUUGUGUGACUCCGGCCAUUGCUGGAACCCUGAAGCUCGCCGUCUUUGUCGGUGGUGGAAGAAGGGAAGAAACGCGCGCGGCCGGCCAUGGGGACGCAGGCGUCGCCGGAGAACUGCACGCCGCCAAAGGAUGAGAGGACUGCCCGGGAGAAGGCAAUCGACGACUGGCUUCCUAUCACAUCGUCGAGGAAAGCAAAGUGGUGGUACUCCGCCUUCCACAAUGUCACCGCCAUGGUUGGCGCUGGGGUGCUAAGCCUCCCCUACGCCAUGUCCGAGCUCGGUUGGGGUCCCGGCAUCGCGGUGAUGACCUUGUCAUGGAUCAUCACGGUGUACACUCUGUGGCAGAUGGUGGAGAUGCACGAGAUGGUCCCCGGGAAGCGGUUCGACCGGUACCAUGAGCUCGGGCAGCACGCCUUUGGUGAUAAGCUCGGCCUCUGGAUCGUGGUGCCGCAGCAGCUCCUCGUCGAGGUCAGCCUCAACAUCGUGUACAUGGUCACCGGUGGCAACUCGCUGAAGAAGUUCCACGACGUGAUCUGUGACGGCAAGUGCAAGGACAUCAAGCUCACGUACUUCAUCAUGAUCUUCGCCUCCGUUCACUUCGUCUUGUCCCAGCUCCCAAACUUCAACUCCCUCUCCGCCAUCUCCCUCGCUGCCGCCGUCAUGUCACUCAGCUACUCGACGAUUGCUUGGGGCGCCACCUUGGACAAGGGGAAGGCACCAAACGUGGACUACAGCUUGCGAGCGUCGACGACGACAGGGAAGGUGUUUGGCUUCCUCGGGGGCCUUGGUGACAUGGCAUUCUCCUACUCUGGUCACAACGUGGUGCUGGAGAUCCAGGCCACUAUUCCGUCCACGCCGGACAGGCCGUCCAAGAAGCCGAUGUGGAGGGGCGUGGUGGUCGCCUACAUCAUCAUCGCCGCCUGCUACAUGCCAGUGGCUAUGAUCGGCUACUGGGCGUUCGGCAAGGACGUGGACGACAACAUCCUCAUCACCCUCAACAAGCCCAAGUGGCUCAUCGCCAUGGCCAACAUGAUGGUCGUGCUUCACGUCAUCGGCAGCUACCAGGUUUAUGCGAUGCCGGUGUUCGACAUGAUGGAGUCGUUGCUGGUGAAGAAGAUGAACUUCUCGCCAGGCCUGAGGCUACGUCUGAUUUCCCGGACACUCUAUGUUGCGUUCACGAUGUUCGUGGGCAUCACCUUCCCGUUCUUCGGUGGCCUCCUUGGGUUCUUUGGAGGGAUCGCCUUUGCGCCGACGACCUAUUUUCUUCCCUGCAUCAUGUGGCUCAUCAUCUGUAAGCCCAAGCGAUUCAGCCUCUCAUGGUUCAGCAACUGGAUUUGCAUCAUCCUUGGGGUGAUUCUGACGAUCGUGGCGCCCAUCGGAGGGCUCAGGCAGAUCAUCCUUUCUGCCAAGACAUACAAGUUCUAUUCAUAGAUCACUCCCGUGAGCCCUCGUGAUUGGUUACUCUGUCUUUUUGCUGUCCUGAAUUUUGCAAAGAAGAUCAUGGCUCAGUUAGACCAGAAGAUGCUUGUGUUUGGUGGUAAUCAUGAAGGGAUCCGGCCGGCUCUAGCGAGUGCUUGUUUUUAAGAACCCUGCAGGAGAACUGCAUGUCAUAUUAUUAAGAAGAUAGGAAAGGCCAAAAACUGGCCUGAACAGAACCAGGUUCAGAGUACAACUAGCGAGUCUGCCAGCAGUGCUUGUAUUCGUAUUCUUUAGAUUAAUAAAUAAAUGGAAGAUCCACAAAUUGUUCAUGUUAAUU